AUUGUUGAUUGUGCAAUUUGACAAGUCAGUGCCAAGGCGAUUGAUUUUUUCAAAGAUGUCCUUUGCAAACAAGAUUACUAUGUUAUGGGCCCGUCCGGGAACCGACAAUGACCAAAAAGAUGAUGUACCUUGGACAUUACGCUACGCUGGUCGAGGGUUGGGGACGAUUGGCAGUUUUAUUGCCAUCAUACUGGGAUUACUUAACUGCACUGGUAUUUUAGUUUUCCAAGUUGGUUGCUUGAUAGCAGGUGUGUGGCAAAUGCUUGCAGGAUUCAUAGUGAUUGUGUGUGAAGCACCGUGCUGUUGCUUCUUCAUAGAUUAUGUGCAAGCUCUUUCUGAUAAAAUGGAGGGACGGCCCUAUUGGAACAAAGCAGCUCUAUACAUUGGGCUAUCUCUUCCACCAUUCUUCUUGUGCUUACUGAGUGUGAGCACAUUGUUAGGCAGUGGAAUGAUAUUUGCUACAGGAAUUAUUUACGGCAUGAUGGCUCUUGGUAAAAAAGCUUCGAUCGAUGAAAUGAGAACGUCAGCGGCGACGUUAGAAGCCGGUGGUUUCCAGCCAAACUCAGCGCCGCGAGCCAACCUUGUUAGAAACGAACAACCAUUCAGCUUUACUGGACCACCUCUCAAUAACUGACCUCCAUUAACUUAGUGAGUGUAUCCUAUAGUUACUUGAUGAAUUAUGUUUUUGAAAAUUAAAGUUGUUCUUGAGGAAUUUAAUGUAUAUGACAGGAGACAUGUGUGUUACCUUAAUUAAUUUAGAUCUUCAAAUUAUUUAUGCAUGUAACGGUUUGUGUGCUCAAAAAUUUUGACUUUCAAUGAAUUUAAAAUAUUUAGUUCAAAUCUAGUUGUAUUUAGAUGAUUUUAAUCCAAGGCUAUAAAGCAUUUAAGCUAUAUCAUAUUAACUGAUAAAUCUUAAUUGUUAUUUUAAGAUAGUAUUAGAGUUUCUAAUAGUCAUUUAAAUAACAAUCAUAAAACUGUUGUGUUAAAAAAUAUUGUACAGAAUGAAUUGAUAUUUAUAGUCCAACAUAAACUCUUACAUAUUUUGCUAGACAUAUUUCUCUAAUUACAUUCAAGUCUCUUCUUGAUGAGACAUUUCUCUUUGGAAAAUAUUAAAAUUUCUGGACCAGUUCAAUAUUCAAGGUAAAAUACUUUUUCUAUAUUCAUGUGAAAGUAUUGUACUUGAGUUUUUAUUGAGAUUCUUGUUUAAACUUAUUAUAUUUUCAAAAGGAAGAUUUAUGCAACACAAUAAAAGACAACAUUUAUUGACUUACUCUAAAAUUAUUGUAUAUCCAAAGGUUUACUUACUUCAUAUAAAUUGAGUGUAGCUAAUUAGUAAUUUUUAAAUUGAUGCGACUGAUAUUUAUUUUGUGAUAUGUUGUAAAACCUUUUAAUGUGUGUGACUUCUUACAUACAAAUAUAAAGGCUGUUAUAACUACUUCACUAUGACUUAAGUUAUUUAUAUUAGUAAAUGAUGUUUUGUAGUGAAAAAUUUGUCUUAGUUUGCUAUUAAUGUUCUAGGCAACCAGAUUUAUUUUAUAGUGAAAUAAUCAUAAUCAGAAAAAUUAAAAUUAUAAGUAUAAUAAAAUACAACCACCAUACAAAUGCAAUAUUGUAUCAUGUAGGUGAAAUUGGUUAUUCAACUACCAGCCACCUAUUGCAAUACAUGCAAAAUUUUUGUUUGCAUAACUUGGUAAUAUACAAUUUUUUUAUUGAACAUGUUCUGCUACUAACAGCAGAAUUGAUGAUGGGCACUUUAUAAAUCAUAUCUUAUGCAAAAAAUUCUUAUAAACUUAUUAUUAUAGUAAGUUGCAUCAUGUAAUCAAAUCUAAGUUAUUAGUAAGACUAAAUACAUAAUAGUAUGUGAAAGCAGUUGAGAAAUGUGGACCGUUGCUGGUUUUGAGGUUGCUAAAAUGUUACAUUUCCUUUUUUGUUAUGUUGACAAAACUUAUGAAAAUAUUAAAAUAUAACUUUUGUGAAUAAAAGAAAAGACAUUAAGCAAAUAAGAAUUAUAUUACUUUGCAUAAACGCCACGCUGGUACCCUUUCCGUAGACUCUAUUAAAUAAUGAAAUAUAGCCAAAUUAUUAUUUGAUCGUAUGCAUUCCAAAUAAGGGUCUUGUACUAUUAACUUUCUAGCACCAAUCCUUGAAAUAAAUGUCAAUUUACCAGCUCGAGAGUUUGUAAGGUUAAUAUGUAGAAAUACUAUUUGUAUAAGUGCCAUUAGGUCUUAAUAUUUCAUUAUCAUUUCCUAUUGACUAUAAAAAAAUUGUA